AUUUCAAAAUUAUAAUAAAUGAAUAAAUAUUUUAUUUUAAAUUUAUAUCAUAUAAUUUUUUAGUUUUUUUUUAAAAAAAAAUUACUUAUAUUUUAAUAUAUAUAUAUAUAUUUAUAUAUAUAUGCUUCUAACACGUAUCCGCUUCCUAAUUUUUUUUAAAAAUUCGCUUAUGCGCUUCUAUACACUUCUGCUUCUACGUAGCCGCUUCCGUUUCCAUGUAAAGUAGCUUGUUUCCCUCCAUCUGUUUAAAAAAAUCAGUGUAAUUCCAUGUCGCUAUCCCGGAAAUUUCGGAACAGUUUUCCCACUUCCAAGAUUUCCGGGAUUUUGGGCGAAUAUGUCAUUGACUCUUUCAUGAUGUGAUCUCAUCCCCUCGCCUUCGUACUUCGAUUCUACUCUUAGCCGAAGUCGCGUGCUUCUUUCCCGACCUCUAAUCUCAAUGCUUAGUGCUCAACGCUUUGGACUGAAUCUACUCCUCUUUAAUAGAGUCUUCGCAGAUCAUGUCUAGAUUUGGGCCCAACAGUCUUGAACGUCAUUGAACUUUGAUCUCCUUUUCUUUAUAACAGCGAACUUUGAUCUCCACACUUUAAUAUUCCGUCAAUGAAAUGAAAGUAAAUACUUUCUGCUUCUAAGAAAAGAACAAUAUAUUUUCUGUUUUUAGCUACAUUUUAAAAAGCUAGACAUAAUUCUCCACUUCGAAAAAGAACCUGUCAAUUAACAUUUUACAUUCCGACAAGCACACAUCUCCCGACAGUUACCGAUAAAAAAGAAAUUCGCAUCUCUCUCUCCACAUCAACAGCUCUGUUAUGUCCACGUCAUCACGAACUCCGAGUCUCGUCUUAAAUUCACCUCUUUCUCUCUCUUCAGACACCACCACCUUUGUCUACUCCUCCCUUCGUCGAAUCUCACACCGCCAAAUUUCGUCUUCUAAUAAAUCUUCUUCCUCUUCUUUCACAGAUCUAAAAAUCCCGUGAACCAAAUAAAACAAUCCGACGUAGACGAAGAAUCUUCCUCCGUAGAUCUAGCGAAGAAAUCUCCCAACGAUUUUGGGGGGGGGAGAUGGCGCCGAGUAUUCGAAAAGCGAUCGGAGCGGUUAAGGACCAGACGAGCAUCGGGAUCGCCAAAGUAUCGAGCAACACGGCUCCAGACCUCGAAGUAGCCAUCGUGAAAGCCACUAGCCACGACGACGUUCCCGCCAGCGAGAAGCACAUCCGCCAGAUCCUAAACCUGACCUCCCUCUCCCGCGGCUACGUCCUCCCCUGCGUCGCCUCCGUCUCGCGGCGACUGGGGAAAACGCGCGACUGGGUCGUCGCUCUCAAGGCCCUGACGCUCGUCCACCGCCUCCUCGUCGAAGGAGUCCCUCUUUUCCAAGAAGAGGUUCUUCUCCACUCCACGAGAAAACGAGGCACGAGAAUGCUCAACAUGUCCCAUUUCCGCGACGAGGCGCAUUCGAGCUCGUGGGACCAUUCGGCUUUCGUUAGGACUUAUGCUUGUUAUUUGGAUCAGUUGCUCGAGUUAGCUUUGUUCGAGAGGAAGAGUGGAAGUAGUAGUAGAGGAAGAGACGACUUUCGAUCUCCUCCUCAGAGAUCUUAUGAUUACGAGAACGGUGUGUCCAGGAGAACUCGGUCUUACGGAGAUGUGACUGAGAUGGAAAGAAGAGACGAGAAGAAAGCUGCUACACCGUUACCUGAAAUGCCCCCGGAGAGGAUUUUCGGGAAGAUGGGACAUCUACAGAGGCUGCUGGACCGGUUCUUGAACUUGAGACCAACCGGUUUAGCUAAGAACAGCAGGAUGGUGCUGAUCGCGUUGUACCCCAUUGUGAGGGAGAGUUUUAAGCUCUACGCUGAUAUCUGCGAGGUGUUAGCUGUUCUGCUCGAUAAGUUUUUCGAUAUGGAGUGUACGAAUUGCGUCAAGGCCUUCGAUGCUUACGCUAGUGCGGCUAAACAGAUUGACGAGCUUAUCGCUUUUUAUGAUUGGUGUAAGGAAACGGGCGUGGGGAGAUCUUCUGAGUAUCCGGAAGUUCAGAGGAUUACGAGUAAGUUGUUGGAGACGUGGGAGGAGUUUGUGAGAGAUAGAGCGAAGAGAGGGAAGAGUCCUGAGAGGAAAGAGAUCGAAGCUCCUCCUCCUGAGCCGGUAGCUCAAGAGGAGGAGCCUGAGCCUGAUAUGAAUGAGAUCAAAGCGCUUCCUCCUCCUGAGAGUUACACUCCUCCUCCUGAGCCUGAGCCAGCGAAACCGCUAUACACGGAUGAUUUAGUUAAUCUAAGGGAAGAUGAAGUCACUGGUGAUGACCAAGGGAACAAGUUCGCGCUUGCUCUAUUCGCCGGUCCACCGGGAAGUAAUGGGAAAUGGGAAGCUUUCCGCUCGGAUGGAGUGACUUCAGCUUGGCAGAAUCCUGCGGCUGAGCCAGGGAAAGCGGAUUGGGAACUGGCAUUGGUUGAAACAGCUAGCAACUUAGAGAAACAGACAGCCGCUUUGGGGGGUGGGUUUGAUACGUUGAUGCUCAACGGAAUGUACGAUCAGGGAGUCGUUAGACAACACGUGAGCACUUCUCAGUUAACCGGUGGAAGCGCGAGCAGCGUGGCUUUACCUUUACCGGGUAAAACCAACACUCGAGUACUGGCCUUACCUGCACCAGAUGGGACCGUGGAGAAAGUGAACCAAGACCCGUUCGCGGCUUCGCUAACCAUUCCACCUCCUUCUUACGUGCAAAUGGCUGAGAUGGAGAAGAAGCAGUAUCUGUUGAGUCAAGAGCAGCAGCUUUGGCAGCAAUACCAGCGUGAAGGGAUGAGAGGUCAAGCUAGUUUGGCGAAGAUGAACAUGGGUCCGGUUCCAAGUGGAAUGCCUUAUGGAAUGCCACUUGUUCCGCCACCAACGGGGUGUUACUACAACAAUCCUUUCUGAUGAUUCAUUCUUUUUUUUGUUUGUUAUUUUGCUCUCUCAGUGUCAUAUAUGUGUAGAUGACUCGUCUUUCACCUUCGAUCUCGUGUGUUUUUUUUAAUUGCAUUCCCUGAUUGUCGUCAAACGAUGAAAUCUCUGUCUCUUACACUUUUUAAUAAUCUUGAUUCCAUCUUGUAUUAACACAUUUUGAUAUCUUAUUUGAUGUUUUUAAGAACA